UAGGAGGAUGUGGCUGCAGAACCUGCUUCUCCUGGGCACUGUGGUCUGCAGCAUCUCCGCACCCACCCGCGCACCCAGCCCUGUCACCCGGCCCUGGCAACAUGUGAAUGCCAUCAAGGAGGCUCUGAGUCUUCUGAACCACAGUAAAGACACUGCUGCUGUGAUGAAUGAAACAGCACAAGUCGUCUCUGAAAUGUUUGACUCCCAGGAGCCGACAUGCCUGCAGACUCGCCUGAAGCUGUACAAGCAGGGCCUGCGGGGCAGCCUCACUAGUCUCAAGGGCCCCUUGACCAUGAUGGCCAGCCACUACGAGCAGCACUGCCCCCCCACCAAGGAAACUUUCUGUGAAACCCAGAAUAUCACCUUUAGAAGUUUCAAACAGAACCUGAAGGAUUUUCUUUUUACCAUCCCCUUUGACUGCUGGGAGCAAGUCGAGAAGUGAAACAGGCCAGACCAGCCAGAAGUCAGCCUGGGAGCUUACCUCACAGAUCGCUGCCCUCCCACCCACAAAGAGCCAAACAAAACUCAGGAUCUUCACCUUGGAGGGACCACAGGGUGGGCCAGGGCUGUAAGGAGCACAGAUUUGCUCUGGGCCACGUUGACCCUGAUACGGGUGUGGUAGGGGAAACAGACGUUUUACACGGGCAGGGACCAGUAAUAUUUAUUUAUAUAUUUAUGUAUUUUAAUAUUUAUUUAUUUAUUUAUUUAAUUUCAUACCCCAUAUUUAUUAAAGAUGUUUUACCAUAAUAAUAAAUUAUUAAAAAUC